AUGCAGGAACAAGAGUUAGGGCAACAGCAGUGUCCCAAGUCACCAAGAAACAUUCUAUUUGACAAGUAUGAGAUGGGAAGGCUUCUAGGACUAGGCACCUUUGCCAAAGUCUACCAUGGAAGAAACCUCAUCACAAAUGAAAGUGUAGCCAUCAAAGUGAUGAACAAAGACCACAUCAAAAACGAAGGCCUCAUGGAGCAAAUACAGCGCGAAAUUUGUAUCAUGCACUUAGUUCGCCACCCCCACAUUGUUGAAUUAAAAGAAGUUAUGGCCACGAAAACCAAGAUCUUCUUCCUUAUGGAGCACGUAACGGGCGGUGAAUUGUUCAACAAGGUAUUCGAAGGGAAACUCAAGGAAGACGUGGCUAGAAAGUACUUUCGGAUUGUCAGCGUUACCAGAGCAUCAUUGGAGCGACGGUCUCAGAGAUUAUACGAAAACAAUGACUCACUUUGCCAAAGAGUUAAGUUCAAUAAAAAAGGAUAUGGCAACUUUGGUGGCACUGUUGCUCGUAUGGAUGAAUCACUCUCCAAUGUUAUUUCUGAGUUAGCAUUAAAAAAUGAGAAAGAUACACUGCGCACUUCACACCCUUAUCAACAUGAAGUUAAGCUGAAUGAGGAACAUGGUAACAUGUUUGAUAUGGGGUGUGAUGGGGGACAAUUAGAUCCUGGAAAUACUAAACCUCCAAAAAGUAGGCAAGACAAAUAA